CAGGGUUACCGCGCCCAUCUCUGCUGUUUGAUGGCCGGAGGAAGAAGCGACUGAGAUCCUGGCGUGAAGGAAGAAAAAGAGGGACGAGGACGGUGGGAAAGACAAUAAGGGAUUUUUGUUUUGAGUUGGAAUUUGCGUUGAAACGGAAGAACGCUCAAACGGGACUCUGACACGUCUUUCUGGGUGAACACCGACUUGUCUCUGCGCCUCUGUGCCGGUGUGUCUCCUCCUCGGCGGGUCAAAAACAGGGUUCGGGGAGUGCCGCUCCUCGGUAGCUAAACUAGCUAAAUCUUAGCGCCUGGGCGGAGAGAGGAGAGACAAGAUUUUGCAGUUUCCAGUCAAUGUGACAUAAACAACGGAUACCCUCGACUGAACGCGGAUCAGCAAGAGUCUAGGCGGCGGAGCGAAGCACACCAUUAGCAGAGGAAAAUGAGUGAACUGGAUCAGCUACGCCAGGAGGCUGAGCAGCUCAAGAACCAGAUCAGAGAUGCCAGGAAAGCGUGUGCGGAUGCUACCCUGUCUCAGAUCACUGCUAACAUCGACCCUGUUGGCCGAAUUCAGAUGCGCACUAGACGGACACUGAGGGGACAUCUGGCUAAAAUCUAUGCCAUGCACUGGGGCACUGACUCGAGGCUUUUGGUCAGCGCCUCCCAGGACGGUAAACUCAUAAUUUGGGACAGCUACACCACAAACAAGGUCCACGCCAUCCCGUUGCGCUCCUCCUGGGUGAUGACUUGCGCCUAUGCCCCCUCUGGGAACUAUGUUGCCUGUGGAGGCCUGGACAACAUCUGCUCAAUCUACAACCUGAAGACCCGGGAGGGAAAUGUGCGUGUCAGCCGUGAGCUGGCCGGACACACAGGUUACCUCUCCUGCUGUCGCUUCCUGGAUGACAACCAGAUUGUCACCAGCUCUGGAGACACCACCUGUGCUCUGUGGGACAUUGAGACUGGUCAGCAGACAACUACAUUUGCUGGUCAUACCGGUGAUGUCAUGAGUCUCUCUUUGGCGCCCGACACCAGGCUGUUUGUGUCUGGAGCCUGCGAUGCCUCGGCUAAGCUCUGGGACAUCAGAGAAGGAAUGUGCCGACAGACCUUUACUGGCCACGAGUCGGACAUCAACGCUAUUUGCUUCUUCCCCAAUGGCAACGCAUUUGCUACGGGUUCAGACGACGCUACCUGCCGGCUGUUUGACCUGCGUGCUGACCAGGAGCUGAUGGUUUACUCACAUGACAACAUCAUCUGUGGUAUCACCUCUGUGGCAUUCUCCAAGAGUGGCCGCCUACUGCUGGCUGGCUACGACGAUUUCAACUGCAAUGUCUGGGACACUUUGAAGGCCGACCGUGCAGGUGUCCUGGCUGGUCACGAUAACCGGGUGAGCUGCUUGGGUGUGACCGAUGACGGCAUGGCAGUGGCAACAGGGUCCUGGGACAGCUUCCUCAAGAUCUGGAACUAGAGUCUCGAGAUGGCAUCUGAGUGAAAGACCAUUCCAACAUCCCAAUGUUCAAUUUUAUUGCAUAUCCAAUCUUUUCAAAAACACCAUGAUACUGACUCCAAACACCCCCAAAAAACUAUCAAGGGCAAAAAUUCUCUCUCUCUCUCUCUCUCUCGCGCUCUCUCUUUCUCUCUCAUUUAAAAGAGCACAAUUGUCUGUCAAUCAUUCAGCUACAAAAAAAGAAGAAAAGAAAAAAAGCUCGAAGAAUUUAUUGGUCUCGAAAUGGAACGGAUGGGGGAAAUUGUGCAUUUUUCCCUCAUGACCAUGGUCUGGUAUUGUAAUAAGUAAAAUGCAAACACCCCACAGCUGCCGCCACCACCACCACCACCACCACCACCACCACCACCACCACCACUACCACCACCAAGCAAACCUGUCCUGCGUCCUCAUUAUACACAGGUCUGAGUGAAGGUUAUUACAUGACAGUGAUCCAGCUUUUUGGCCAUGUUUCUUUCGGUUUCUUUUUUUGGUUUCAUUCUUUUUUGUUAAAGAGGAGUAGAUCAGUGAACUGUCGGUUAAUGUUUAAAAUGAGGAUCAAAGCUUUUGUUUUAUUUCCUAGUCUUAUCACAUUUUAGAGUGUUUUUUAGUUGAAAACUAGAAGAACCUCCAGAUCUCGUGUCAUUUUAAAUCCAGCUUUAUCGCACUGGAGAACAAAGCGAGAGAAUUGAGCUUCAACAGGGAGUCCUCAAGCCACUUCUGGCCCUUCUGUAUAUUUAGUCCCAUGAUACUUUUACGGUUUCUUUUUUCCAGUGUAGUCCACAAAUCUUUGUUUGCACAAAAAUUAAACUUUGCAUAUAUAGAAUAAUGUUUAAAGAAAAAAAAAAAGUGAACUAACCAAGCACAUGCUGUUUAUGAUAAUGAAUGCUCGUUUUUAAAACGAAAAAACAACAACAAAAAAACAACCAUUUUAACCAUUCUUACACCCUUUUGUGUGGCGACAGUGUAGAAUAAUUAAAUGAAGAUUAACCCAUCAGAUCAUAAUCCACCCUGCCCCUCUUAUUCAUUUUUAUUUUUUUCUCCUUUAAUUUAGUUUGGUUUCCCCCGGUUUCGGUUGCCCGUGGUUGGGACCGGUGAUGUGAUUUGGUCGGGUAGGGAGUAUCUCCACUUUAGCCCGGUUGCAAUCCGGACGUUUCUCUUUAAACAGAGGUGCCCAUUCCGUGCUUGGAAAUGCAGUUACUACUCUGUGAAUGACAUGUUGUAAAAAUCAAUGUUUGAAAAUAAUGAUAUUGAAACUUUUUAAGUUAAAAAACGAAAAAAAAAAAGAUUUUGGUUGUCUGCCAUGGGUGGGUUAUCUCUUAGAAUCGCAUGCUGUAGAAUUGCUUAAAAAGGUGCAUAUGGAAUUAAGUCCUUUUGAUGUUUUUCUUUAAGAAAAUAACCUGUUGAAUAUAUCAAUACAAUGGUAUUUAUAUUUUUCUUUUCUUUUUUUCUUCCUUUUCCUCCUUCUUGUUUUUGGCUACUCCGUGCAUACAUGAUUUAACUGAAAUGUCAAAGCUAUGCACUUGAGAAGCAAACCCUGCAACAUAAACGGUUACUUGGUCCGUGCUUGGGAGGGAUUCCACAAAUUAAGAAGUAACGUAAAUGUUUAAAUUGUACACAUGCAUACGUACAUUCAUCACCUAAACAUACACAAUCUCAAAUGGAACAAAUAAAUUGUCAUUCCUUCUGUAGCAAACAAAAUUCCACUUACAAAGAAAAACAUUUUAUAACAGGUUUUUUUCUGUCCUUUAAUAAAAAAUGAAAAAAAAAAAUCUUGCAGCAUUUGAAUGGCAGAAUUUUCUGUUGUUCCCUUCUCCUUGUAAACAGAGACGCUCUUUCUUUAGCAGUAGUGACAUUUUUUUCAUUCUGUUUUUUCUCUGCGACAUUCUGUACAAAAAUGUGCUGUAAUUGUGCGUUAGGCCUGGAGUUGGCAAAAAUAAAAUGAAAUAAAAAUUAAAAAAAUUAAUUAAAUUCCCUUUCCUUUUCUCUCUUUCUCCAUCAAAUAACUGUAGAGCUCUGCACCCCCACUGUUCCCUUUUCACCUUUUGUAUUUAAUUUUAAAGUCAGUCAGUGUACAACCGAAAGCUGGAUGCAAGAUAGAAACUAUAUUAAAAUGUACUGUUAUUUAAGAUGUAAUAAAAAGCAGUUUGAGAUGAUCUACUGUGUUGAGUGUGAUUCACUUAGAGCAGUUACCACUGAAGCUAGAAUGUUGCAGACUGUUUGGUUUUCUUGUUAUUAUGUUCAAGUCAAAUAAACAAUUUCUUAUCCACUGUU